AUGAGUAUACAUGAAGGCGGGCUCGGAAAGCCUUGCGGCCUCGCUGUCGUCAAUCGUCCAGUAUACCAACCUGGCAAGAAACGCGUUUGGUCACUGCCCCUGAUUACCAGCAUUAUUGGCCUGGCGGUGUUCUAUCAUUUCCUAUCCACGUUCCUUCCUUCGCCACCAAUACACUGGAGCAGCAUAGCGGACACGCCGAGUAUUCCGGAGGCGAUCAAUGGAAACAGUUGGGCAGCACUUCAGCCGAGCAGAAAACUGGAAUGGCAAAAAUGCUACGAUGGAAAGUUUGAUUGUGCCAGGCUAGAUGUGCCGCUCGACUGGCUGGAGCCGUCAGAUGACGAGCGGGUGGUGCUUGCUGUUAUGCGCGCCCCUGCACGGAAUGGUGGUCGUGAAUAUAAAGGGCCAGUAUUCGUGAACCCAGGGGGUCCUGGAGGAUCGGGUGUCUCUUGGCUCGAAGAGGGUAUUGCUGAGCACAUGCAAACAAUCGUAGGAGAUGAUCAUGACAUUGUGAGCUGGGAUCCCCGUGGUGUUGGUGCUUCGGUGCCUCGAAUCGACUGCUGGGGCUCCUCACGCAAGCGCCAUGACUGGGCGAUGCAGAUGUCGGGUGUCGUGGACUCGCACCCCGGCAUGUUGUUUGAUGCUCUCGCUCAAUUCGAUGCCUUGUCAAGGCAGUGUGAGACUCAUAUGAACGCAACCACCCCCGGACUCCUGUCACAUAUAUCGACCGCAUCCCAUGCACGCGACAUGCUGGAGAUCUCGGAGCAAAUGGGCUUCCGUAAACUAAAGUAUUGGGGCAUCAGCUACGGAACUAUCCUCGGUGGUACCUUUGCUGCAAUGUACCCUGACCGAGUCGAGAGACUUGUGAGCGAUGGCAAUGUUGACUACCAUGACUGGUAUGCCAACGUACAACUCAACUACCUCGAAGACGCCGACAAGAUCAUGGAGGCAUUCUUUGAAUUUUGCAACAGAGCAGGGCCGGACAAGUGCGCAUUUCAUGAGCCAACUUCCGAGGCGAUCAAGGAGAGGUUUCUGGCCCUACUAAGCAGUUUACGAAAACUGCCCGUCCUUAUCCCAGCUGGCACCAAUGGAACGGAGCUGGAAAUGCCCGAGCUCGUGACGUACUCGAAACUGCAAAAUCUGAUACGCGGCUGCAUGUAUAAGCCGAUAUAUCGAUUCACGGAACUAGCCAGCGCCAUGGCCGCACUCGAGAGGCGUGAUGGCGUACCGUAUUAUCAGCUGCGCAAUGAAGAUGAGGGACCUCCAGCCCUUCCAGUCGGCUUCUGUGCCGUGAACGAGACAACGCCAAACGUGCCCGCGGUGCCCGAGCACUCCGAGGACGCCUUUCCCGCCAUCAUGUGUGCGGACGGCGAGGCUGUCCCGGCCGCCGACUGGACCCCGGACUCGUUCCAGACGUACUUUGAGGAGCUCCAGCGCAUCAGCCGGUACGCCGGGGCCUCAAACGCCCAGUCCAAGCUGUCGUGUGCCGGGCGGACGGUGCGGCCCAAGUGGCGGCACGCGGGACCCUAUGCCAACAUCACGUCGGCCUUUCCCAUCCUCUUCAUCGGCAACAUGGCCGACAAUGUCACGCCGCUCCGCAGCGCCCGCCGUAAUGCCGCCGCUUUCCCCGGCUCGGCGGUUCUGGUUCAAAAGUCGUAUGGUCAUUGCAGCUUUGCGGCGCCGAGCACGUGUACUGCCAGGGUGGUGCAUGCGUACUUUCGCCACGGCGAGUUGCCCGAGCCGGGACUCGAGUGCGAGCAGGAUUGGGAGUUGUUUGAGGAGCCGCCUCCUGUAAUGUCCGCUUACGGAGAACUCGGGCUCGCGGUCCGGGAGCUCUCAAGGAAGACGAAUGUUGUAUUUCGAUGA